UGGGGCCGCGCCUGCGCAGUGAUGCUGGGCCUAGGCCUGGGCCUGGCGCUGGCGGCGCUCUCGGCGCUGCUCCUCCUGUUGUUGUGCCGCCGCCUCCGCGCUUCGUCCGCCACCGCCGCCCGUCUGAUGGCGCGGACCGAGAGGCCGCUCUUCAGGAUCGCGUACACACUGUACACGAGGACCAAACUGGGGUACAUUUUCCACAAGAAGCAGCUGAGGAAGGCUCGCGAGUGCUACCCCUCCGGCCAUUCCGUGGUCAACCCCACAGUGAUCAACGGCGUGAAAAUCCUCCCGGUUCCCAUCCUGUCCGACAAUUACAGCUAUCUGGUCAUCGACACCGCCUCCAGGCUGGCAGUCGCCAUCGACCCGUCUGAUCCUCUCAGCAUUCAGACUUGUCUUGAACAGGAAGGCGUGUCUCUGGAAGCUAUCCUCACCACACACAAGCACUGGGACCACAGUGGUGGGAACAAAGCGCUGAAAAAGAUCUACAAAUGCUGCCGGGUGUAUGGGAGCUCCACAGACAACGUCCCCGGCCUUACAGACCCGCUGGCCGACAAACAGACCAUCCACGUGGGGAACCUGCGAUUCCAGGCUCUGGCCACCCCCGGGCACACCAUUGGGCACAUGAUCUACGUGCUGGACGGUUCCCCGCACCACGGCCCCGCGUGCGUCUUCUCCGGGGACCUGAUCUUCCUAUCCGGCUGCGGCAGGAUAUUUGAGGGCAGCUGUCCGCUCAUGCUGACUUCAUUGGACAUUGUGAAUGCUCUCGGAGAUGAGACCCUCCUAUGGCCAGGUCACGAGUACGCACAGGACAAUCUGCUAUUUGCUGCUUCAGUUGAGCCAAAGAACGUAGCUGUGUUUAACAAGUUGGAUUGGGUAAUAGCUCGCAGGCAAGAGAAGCUUGGCACAUGCCCGUCCACCAUCCGGGAGGAGAAGGAGUACAACCCUUUCCUGCGGACACACUGCCCCGACCUGCAGCAGGCGCUGGGGGUGCAGCGGGGGACCGGUGAGGACCCCCACGCUUUCAGGGCCCGCGUGCUGGAGGAGGUGCGCAAGCGUAAGGACUAUUUCAACUGCAGAUAGCAGUCUAAGCAAGCCCCCAUCCCACCUCUCUGCCCAACCCUCCUCUCUGCCCCUCUCUCUGU